GCCGGGCGCGCGCUGGGCGGGGCUUCGGCGUCCCCGGCCCGGCGGAGCUAGCGGGCUCCGGGUCCUGGGCGCGGGAUCAGACUUGCAGCCGGAUGGAAGCGGGCGGCAUGGUCGACUCGCUCCUUUCCGGAGCUUGCGUGUUCUUUACCCUCGGCAUGUUCUCCACUGGCUUAUCAGACCUCAGUCACAUGCGUAUGACCCGGAGCGUGGACAGCGUCCAGUUCCUGCCCUUUCUCACCACGGAUGUCAGCAACUUGAGCUGGCUGAGUUACGGGGUCUUGAAGCGUGACGGGACCAUCAUCAUCGUCAACGCAGUGGGUGCCGUGCUUCAGACACUGUAUAUCUUGGUGUACCUGCACUACUGCCCUCGGAAGCGUCCUGUGCUCCUACAGACGGCAACCCUCCUGGGGGUCCUUCUCCUGGGUUUCGGCUACUUUUGGCUCCUGGUGCCCAACCUUGAGGCUCAGCUUCAGCAGCUGGGCCUCUUCUGCAGUGUCUUCACCAUCAGCAUGUACAUCUCACCACUGGUUGACUUGGCCAAGAUCAUUCAAACGAGAUCAACCAAACGUCUCUCCUUCUCACUCACCAUUGCCACCCUUCUUACCUCUGCCUCCUGGUCCCUCUAUGGGUUCCGACUUGGAGAUCCCUACAUCAUGGUGCCCAACCUUCCAGGAAUCGUCACAAGCUUGAUUCGCCUCUGGCUUUUCUGGAAAUAUCCCCACGAGCAAGACAGCUCCCCCAGGAACUACCAGUUCCUGCAAACGUGAGGCAGCUCACUUCACCACUGGGCACCGUAAUGCCACCUUGGUACCAAAGACAGCUCUAUUUCAGCUGGUCUUGCUGACUAGCUCCAUGGGUGCAAUGAGUUACAGGGAAAAGAGACAGCAUUAGCACUAGAAGGACCAAAGAAAGCGUGUCACUGAGAUGAUCAGGUGGGACCUAGGAAAUGAAAUUACUUUUAUUUUUGAGAAAAAAAAAUUUUUUUUUUUAAUGAUGGAGGUUAGGGUGCUAUAUUUAGAAUGUGCCUUAAAAAUAAACUGUUCCCAGGACCAGCA